GCCACAAACCGUCCACCUUCACACUGCUCAGGCCAACAUGUCUUUUACAGGGAAAUACGUCCAGGAGUCUCAGGAGAACUUCGAGACCUUUAUGCGGUCACAAGGUGUUCCUGAGGAGCACAUCAAGAUGGGCAAAGACCUGAAGAGCGUUUCUGAGAUUGAGCAGAAUGGAGAUCACUUUAAAAUCACCAUCACCAGAGGAACCCAUGUUAGCGUUGUUUCAUUCACAGUCGGCCAGGAGUGCGAAAUUGACUCCCUCACUGGGGAAAAAGUCAAGACAAUAAUCAGGCGUGAAGGCAACAAGCUCAUAACCAACGUGAAGGAAAUGACAUCGGUCACAGAGCUGGUGGACGCUAACACCAUUGUAACAACUGUGACUGCAGGUAGCAUCAAGUUCACGACAACAAGCAAACGUGUUUAAAUACUUAUAACAGAAGAA